AUGGCUGAAAUCGCUGUUACUGCCGUCAUCACUGUGCUGUGUGAGAAGCUGCUCUCUGGUGACCUGAUGAAGGAAGCUGGCUCGAUCAGAAGAGAUCGAUUCUUAGCUGAACAAAUGGAAGAAAACCUUACCCCUGAUCCAAGCCAUGAUGUACUAGAUGAUUUGGCUAUCGAAGCUCUGCGACGCAAGUUGAAUCAAGAAGCUCAUACCAGCACCAGUACUGGUAAGGUAUUGAAAUUCUUUCCGAAUUGUUGUACAAAUUUCACUCCUCGCAACUUCAUGUAUGGUCGGAAGAUGAGUUCUAAGCUAGAUGAGAUCACUGCCAAAUUGCGUGAUCUUGUUGACCAGAAAAAUGAUUUGGGUUUGAAUGUGAAUGUUGAAAGGUCAAAUAUAAGAGAGAGACAGUUGGAGCAGACGUCACUGGUUGAUGAGUCAAAAUCAUGGGUCGGGAAGGGGAUAAAGAGGCCUUGA